AAAUAACCAAAACUUACAUCUUUUCUAAACGGGGCUUCGAGCAUAGCCUCGACGUCCAGGUCUUCGGCCAUUGCGGACGUUCGGCACUAUUACUCCAAAAUUAGUAAAAAAUGUGUUAAAACGGCUUAAAUCGAUGUUAAAAUACAACCGAUACAAACGAAUMGAUUCGAUACGACAAAAUGGCGAUAGUCGUUCUAGAAUGUUGCCAAGUUACCAACCUUACAACAUGACAACGCGCUAAAUUUGAAAAAAUGCCCCCAUUUCGACUUGAGGCUCCGGAACGGCUGCCAACGCACAGCCGCAAGCCCCAGAUUAUCUACACCAAGAACCUGUACUCUGAGGGAGUGAAAGUCGAGUAUUGGCAAGAACUGUUAGAACAUCACCCAAUUGAUGUCGAUCCGUACUGUCAAGGGAAAGUCAAUUAUUUUCUCUCGCAUUAUCACAGAUUGGGCACAAGAGAUGAUAAGUCGUUCAGGACCACGACUGGAGACAUGCUACAACAAGUCUUUAUCAAAGACAAAAUUUAUCCGACCAAAAAGAUGAAGAGUUUUUACACUUUUAACGAAAAUGCGGAAUGUUUGACCAAAUAUCCGGAAAGCCAGUGUCGCAUGAUAUGUGCUGAUGAAUUUUUAACUAGCAUGCAGCAUAGUUAUCAAAUGCCUCGGCCGUACGUUAUGCAAAGGUUGGGUUUUCCAAAAAUCCCGUUUAUGCGAAAUGAGAAAUAUCGGCAUGAUCCGCCGGAUCUAAGUAGUGAAAAAUUCUAUGGUGAUAGUUUUGGCCGAGAAACUUGCCAAUUGCAGAAAUAUAAAGGUUUUCGUACAGUUUCUUACAAUCCAAUGACUGGGAAUUACACAAAGUCGCACUAAGAAAAAAAUAUAUAUUAAAAAAAUUCAUGUCUACAAAUAAAAAAUGUAUAAUGAAACUGAUUAAAGCCAUAAACUUA